AUGUCCCCUUCAACCCGCCGUCUCCUCAAAGAGUCCGCCGACCUACAAACCAACCCAUCACCCUACUUCCACGCCGCGCCCGUCUCCGAAUCCAACCUCUUCGACUGGCACUUCACACUCCUGGGCCCACCGCCCCCCUCUCCCUACGCAGGGGGCAUCUACCACGGCCGCAUCACUCUCCCGCCCACCUACCCGCUCCGCCCACCCAGCUUCCGGUUCCUGACGCCUUCGGGACGAUUCGAAGUCAACCGCGAGAUCUGCCUCAGUAUAUCGGGCCAUCAUGAGGAGACGUGGCAGCCUGCAUGGGGGAUCCGGACGGCGUUGAUUGCGCUGAGGAGUUUCAUGGAUGGGGAUGCGAAGGGCCAGGUGGGUGGGUUGGAUGUUGGGG